AUGGCGGACCCACAGCCCGAUAAGAUGAACCUUGACACGAUCAUCGCACGUUUACUCGAAGUGCGAGGUUCGAAGCCCGGGAAGAACGUUCAGUUGACGGAGAACGAGAUCAAGUCGUUGUGCAUCAAAUCGCGAGAGAUCUUCCUGUCACAACCGAUCCUUCUUGAGCUCGAGGCACCUCUGAAGAUUUGCGGCGACGUCCACGGACAGUAUUACGAUCUGCUGCGUCUGUUCGAAUAUGGAGGCUUCCCGCCAGAGUCUAACUAUCUCUUCUUGGGAGAUUAUGUUGAUCGAGGAAAGCAGUCAUUGGAGACAAUUUGUCUGCUAUUGGCUUACAAGAUCAAAUACCCGGAGAAUUUCUUCCUUCUGCGUGGAAAUCACGAGUGUGCAAGCAUCAACAGAAUUUAUGGUUUCUACGAUGAAUGCAAACGCCGGUACAACAUCAAGUUAUGGAAGACAUUCACCGACUGCUUCAACUGCCUGCCAGUCGCCGCCAUCAUUGAUGAGAAAAUCUUCUGCUGCCACGGUGGCCUUUCUCCUGACCUUCAGUCGAUGGAACAGAUCCGGCGCAUUAUGCGGCCGACCGAUGUCCCAGACCAAGGACUUCUAUGCGACCUGCUUUGGUCUGACCCGGAGAAGGAUGUUACCGGAUGGGGCGAAAAUGAUCGUGGUGUCUCCUUCACAUUCGGACCGGAAGUCGUUUCAAAGUUCCUGAACAAGCACGACUUGGAUCUGAUCUGUCGAGCACAUCAGGUCGUUGAAGACGGCUAUGAAUUUUUCGCCAAGCGCCAACUGGUGACACUCUUCUCAGCCCCGAAUUAUUGUGGAGAAUUCGACAACGCCGGAGCUAUGAUGACCGUUGAUGAAACAUUGAUGUGCUCAUUCCAGAUCCUCAAACCAGCCGACAAAAAGAAGUACAUGGCCUAUUCCAACGACGCACGCUCAAACUCGAACUCGAACCGACCUCUCACCCCGACCCGUACCGCUCUCCCAGCACCGGCAACCAAAGGCGGCAAAAAGAAA